AUGAAAAGAAAUUUAACUAAUCAAAAUAAAAAACCACCGACUAUAAAUUUAAUAAAUUCAGAAGGACAAUAUGAUAAUGAUUACAAUAACAAUAAUACUCAAUACUUGAAUAGAAAUAAUAGUGAUGAAGAAUCAUAUAUUAGGCCACACGCGCCUUCAAAUCCAUUUGUAGCUUCGGAAGAAAAUAUUGACAAUAUUCAUACGAAUGAACAUUAUUCUCCACAACAACUGAGUUCAGAUUCAGAUUCUUAUAAUAAUAGAUUAGGAUUAAGAAGUGACACCGAUAAUCAAAACUUAAGUCAUGAUAAUUCUUUUGUAUUCAAUGAUAGUCAUAGAAGUGAAUAUAUACCAACAAAUAAUGAAUCUUCUCAAUCAAUGUAUUCAAAUCAAUCACCAAUUUUACCUGGAAAUCAAUCUUUUCAACCUUUAUUAGGUAAUAACUACAAUCGAAUAAAUAAUCCAAUUUAUCCAUCAUCUAUAAAUCAACAAGAACAACAGCAUAAUAAUAAUAGCAAGAAUUUAGGACAGUAUCAAGAAUAUCCUUCAUCUACUCCCACCAUUCCAGCAUAUGAUAGAUAUCCAAAACAAUUUUCAUAUUUAUCAAAUCAACAUUCAACAUCAAGUUUAUUAAAUCAAGAUAAUCAUUCAUUCAAUACAUCAAGUUCAUCACCUCCAAAUUCUUCUACUUUAAAUAAUAAUUAUGAUGAUUUUUCUCCUUUUGGAGGUUAUCCGGAAUCUCAAUUUCCUUUAAGUAUAGAUGAAAAAGAACCUGAUGAUUAUUUACAUAAUCCAGAUCCAGUUAUUGAUUCAGAAUAUAAUAAAAAUAGAUUUAUUUAUGAUUUAAAAAAUAUGGAUCGUAGAUCUUUAAGUGGAUUAUUAGCUUUUAUUGCUUUAUUAAUUAUUGCUUUAUGUAUAUUUAUUUUAUUACCUGUAUUAACAUUUACAAAUGUUUCAUCACCAUAUAGACCUCAAGUUUAUGAAAUAUUAACUGAUUAUUCAUAUCCUAUGCUAAGUGCAAUAAGACAAAGUUUAGUUGAUCCAGAUACUCCAGAAUAUGCAUUAACAAAUGUUGGACAAGAUGGUAGAACUUGGAAAUUAGUAUUUAGUGAUGAAUUUAAUGCAGAAGGUAGAACUUUUUACGAUGGUGAUGAUCAAUUUUUUACUGCACCUGAUUUUCAUUAUGCUGCAACUCAAGAUUUAGAAUGGUAUGAUCCAGAUGCUGCAACAACUGAAAACGGUACAUUAGUAUUACAAUUAGAUGCUUUUAAAAAUCAUGGAUUAUUUUAUAGAUCAGGUAUGGUUCAAAGUUGGAAUAAAAUGUGUUUUACUCAAGGUAAAUUAGAAUUUUCUGCAAUGUUACCUGGUUAUGGUAAUAUUUCUGGUUUAUGGCCUGGUUUAUGGUCAAUGGGUAAUUUAGGUAGACCAGGAUAUUUAGCUUCAACAGAAGGUGUAUGGCCAUAUACUUAUGAUACUUGUGAUGCUGGUAUAACUCCAAAUCAAUCAUCUCCAGAUGGUAUAUCUUAUUUACCAGGUCAAAGAUUAAAUUCUUGUACAUGUCCUGGAGAAUCACAUCCUAAUCCAGGAAAAGGUAGAGGAGCACCUGAAAUUGAUGCAUUAGAAGGUGAAAUUCACGGAGUUAUUGGUAGAGUAUCACAAUCUUUACAAAUUGCUCCUUAUGAUAUUUGGUAUAUGCCAGAUUAUGAUUUCAUUGAAAUCUAUAAUGCUUCAGUAACUUUAAUGAAUACAUAUGCAGGAGGACCUUUUCAACAAGCAGUUUCUGGUGUUUCUAUGUUAAAUACUACUUGGUAUCAAUUUGGUGAUCAUGAACAUAAUUUUCAAAAAUUCGGUUAUGAAUAUUUAAAUGAUGAUGAUACUGGUUAUAUAACUUGGUUUGUUGGUGAUAAUCCCACUUUUACAAUGAAAUCAACUGCAUUACAUCCAAAUGGUAAUGUAGGUUGGAGACAAGUACCUAAAGAACCUAUUAGUAUUAUAAUGAAUUUAGGUGUAUCUAAUUCUUGGGCAUAUAUAGAUUGGCCAAGUUUAGUAUUUCCAAGUAGAAUGAGAGUUGAUUAUGUCAGAGUUUAUCAACCAGAAGAUGAAAUAAAUAUGGGUUGUGAUCCAGAUGAUUUUCCAACAGCUAAUUAUAUUGAACAACAUAAGAAUAUUUAUUAUAAUAUGAAUUUAACAACUUUUGAACUGGGAGGAUACACUUUCCCAAAAAAUAAAUUGACAGGUUGUUGA